CCCUCGAACUGCAACCAUCGUCACUCCCGUACCACUCCCAAUCCCUCGUCUCAUACCACCACGAAUCACGAACAAUGGCUUCCGGAUACGGUCUCAACGGCGGUGUUGGAAGGUGCUACCCAUACUGGCAAGACUUCCUCGCAUGCUACGUCAUCAAUACGAGCGAAACCAGCAACGAAAACCGCUGGCGCUGCGCUCCGCAAAAGAACGAUUACUACGAAUGUCUUCACCACCACAAGGAGAUCGCGAAGACGAAAGCCAUCCGGGCUGCCUACAUGCGACGCAUCGACAGCGGUGGAGGCCCCGGAAUGCCGGAGGGAGGAAAAGCUGGUGAUGCAAAGAGUGUCGGCGUGCUUUCGAAAUAAGGCAUUAGUGGGUGGCGAAGGCGAUGGCGGCACAGAAUACUCUUCGGGACUGGAAUUAAGAGCGCAGCGUUAUUCCGUGGCGGAGGUGUUCGGAAGUCAUAUGGAGGCAAAUAGUGAGGGUAGUCUCGUCACAGUAUCCAGACCGUCGCCCAAAACACAGCAGAUUUCCCAACUCCGCUAUAUUUUGGAGUCCAUGUGGGCACAGUGCCCCUGAUUGCACAAUUUGGCCGAACGUAUCGCAAGUCUUUGAAUAUGCCAACCCUGUAGCAGG